GGUUGGCGCGGAAAAAGCACAACAAAAACAAAAAAGCAUGCCGCUUGCGGUAGGAACCAACAACAACGAAAGUAGCUGCUACGCUCUGGAAAAACCUCGGCCGUCCGUGCAGUUGCGCAUGCCUAGGCAAGUACGGAAAAAAUGAGCGUAUUUUCGCGGGCAACAGACUGUGUCAGGGACGCAGCUGCCGCAUCUGAAGGCGCGUUCACCGUGACCAGGGAGCCGAGAGGAAUGCAACGUCAAAUAUGAGAGCCGACACAGUUGUAGCAUUCUCAACUACGGAAUAUCACAUCCGUUCGGCGACAGGUGACAUCGGAAGCUGCCAUCGAAAUGCUCUCCGUGUUGUUGACGUGCUGCGCGCUCUGGGUGUGCGCCCACAGCAGCUCCCCACCGCUGCUGCUGGUUCUGUCUCUCGACGGGUUUUGGUACAAGUACCGCUCUCUCUACAAAACGCCGCACAUCGACCGGUUGGCCACAGAAGGCGUGCAGGCCGAGUACCUGCGCAACGCGUACGUGACCAAGACGCUUCCCAACCACUUUACCAUCGCUACUGGCCUUUACGAAGAGAGUCACGGUAUCGUCGGUAACGCUAUGUUCGAUCCAGUGCUCAACGACACCUUCGACGAGUCGAGCCGCGAUCCCAGGUGGUGGGACAACGGUCACUCCCUGCCCAUCUGGGCGGCGAAUCAACUGCACGGCGGCCGUAGCGGCAGUAUGAUGUGGCCCGGUGGCGACGUGGCGAUUCACGGCGUCUCCGCGCACUACGCGCAGAGCUACGACCCGUCGUUGAACUUCAGCGAGCGCGUGGACCGCGUCGUCAGUUGGUUCCUGCAUCCGAAGGAACCGGCAAACUGCGUCUUUUUCUACUACGAAGAGCCGGACGCGACGGGCCACGAACACGGCCCAAUGUCUCCCGUCACCGGUGCUCGCGUAGAACAAGUCGACGCCCUGGUGGGAGAACUUGUGGCGGCGCUGAAGCGAGCCAAACUGUGGGAACGCAUGCACCUGAUCGUGGUGAGCGAUCACGGUAUGGCGCCCGUGACGAGGGUAUCCGCGUUGGACGAAGUGCUGCCGCCGGACUCCUUCCGUGCGUACGGCACCAGUCCCGUGUGGAACAUACUUCCGGCGCAGGGCCGCGAGCACGAAGUGUACACGAAGCUGCAAGAGGCGGCCGCGCGACUCCACAUACGAGUGUACAGGUCCAACGAGAUUCCGCCCGAGUACCACUACCGAAACAACGUACGCAUCCUCCCCAUCCUGGCGGAAGCCGAACCAGGAUGGGACUUGGUAAUCUCCAAGAAGUCGGAGAGAGAGAAUCGCACCUAUGGAAACCACGGCUAUCGUCCCAGCCUAGACUGGAUGCACCCACUGUUUGUGGCUCGGGGCCCAGCACUGAGAAAAGGCCAGCACGUAGGUCCACUGGCAAGUGUGCACCUCUAUCCGCUCAUGGGUCACCUGCUAGGCUUGCCGUCAUGGCCGUCCAAUGGGUCCUUGCACGCUGUGCGACACUUGUUCCAGCCGGCACCUAGCAACCUACCCUUACUGCUGGCUGCUGCCAGCGUGUUCCUGUGUACGACUGUGGGUCUAGUGGCGCUGGUGGUUUGUGGCCAGCCACACAGCAAUUCCAGCCAAGAAGACGAGGAGCCCUUGCUGCUGCUUUCCGCCUGAGGCUACCCAGCCCCGGCGCAUGUCUAGUCCGGCAACAAUUCGUUGUUGCCAGCGUAGUCUCUUACAAGGCGGGGCGUGGCACUUAAAACAAUGUUCGAUCACCUGUGAAAUCCGGUGAAAUUCGACGCGAUUUGUUACGGCAGCGUUAGAACUCUGAUAGGUCUCCUUGAGGAUGCUCUUGCACGCUGUUGGAGUUACCAGGUUCGCUCGAGUUAUGAACAUUUCGAACAUUGAAUGGCGUAGCACGCGUGAUCCUCUCUUCUGUUAGCUGUUCAAUGUCCAAGAUGAUCAUAUAAGCAUAAAUACCGACAUUUAUACGACAUGUACAAAGAAUCGAAGUUGACUGUGGCCGGUUACCCGAUUGCAUAAAUUAUUUAUUUAAAUAAGCUGGCAAGGGCGGAAUGAGCAAAGCCAGCAAUUUUUAUUGCCACGUCCCUCCUCUUUGUAUGGCUUGCAUCCACUACAUUAUUUCUCGCAGGAGUGGUUUGAUUACUUGAGUUGCCUUUGUGCUGUCACUACAACGAAUGUUCCUGUCUAUUAUGGCACUAAUUCCUCGCAACUUUAGCUGAGGGUAGAAUCGGAAAGGAGAGAGAGAAAAGAAGGGCAUUGGUAAAGGGAAGAGUUGUCUUACCUGAUAAAGAGAUUGAUUGAGUGUUGGACUACUGAGCUAACUUAGCCAGCACAGGCUGAUUGAGAAAGCCUUACAUGUCUAAGAGGACAGACUGAUUUUAUGGAGCACGGUGUGUGUUUAUGUGUAUGAUGUUCACUGUGAAGGUAAAUGUCUUGUUGAAUAUUCAAGUUAAAGAGCCCCUCACCUGGUUUAGGCAUUUAAAACAAGAGAGGCAUGGUGUGUAUAACAUUCAGUGGCAAUUGUGUCUGCAAAGUAUGAAUCACCUAUAUGGGGUGAUAGCAGUCAUGUUCUUCGUGGAGCUCCUUGAAACGCCACUGACCAUAGCACGCGACUUCGGUUUUUCAUCCAAUCUUGCGCAUGCAAUGCUAAGCGUACGCCGAGCAAAAUAGAAAGACAAGGAAAAAGAAUCAGGCGAGGCACAUCAUGUGAACAUGCAGUCACUAGUAGCGGCAAAAGGAGAGCGUCUGCUUUGGAAGUGAAGUUCAUGUCCUGGAAGUACAGUAACCGGACAGUUCAAUUUCUUCCAACUUGUUCAAUAAUGAACCGGUUCGAAAGAGUCUUUUCGGUAAAACACAACCCAUACAGCAUAUUACACCUUGUGAGGGGCUCUUCAACUGAAGAAUGUGGCUGGUACAGUGUGUUAGGCUCUCAUCUGUCUGUGGAGCACUUCUCUGCUCGCUUCGACGUCAUGUUUAGCUGCUACUGCUGUUGGAAUAAUAGUGCAGUGUUUCCAUUACAGUGGAUUACACUGCAUGUGCUGGCCUCGGAUACAGCACGAGCGUCGGCGACAGGCAGCUCUAGUGUAGCGCACGUCGUAGAGACCUGCUUACAUAUCUGUCCCAGCACUACAGCAUUAUCUGUGUUCAUUUUACUGAAUGGUACAGUUCAAUAUGUUUCUCUGUACACUCCAGCGCACUUUUUCGUAUACCGCAGCUCUUCGCUCGGUGUCUAGCUGUUGACUUACACAGAUUUCCUUUCAACUUGACAGCUUACUGCUUGCUAUCUUGCAGUAAGCUACCUGAUUAUACGUUCUUAAGUUUGCUCAACCUUUGUUCGUUUACUUUUUGAACGAAAUCUCUGAUGUCGUGCAUUGCUCACAGCUUUCCUAAUUAACGGGAGUCACGGGUCUUACUACUAAAAGAGAUCUCAGGCUCAUGCCUGUCUUUCGGUGUGUUGUGCCUCUUUUUUCAGAACAGCAGUGUUGCACACGAGACGAGUGAUUGUAAAGCUGCUCAAGCUUGCCAUCGUCACCCCUGGCAUUGUGAUGGCUUCUUGAAAAAAAAAAAAAGAAGAAGGAGGGGUUGUGAUAAAGUUAAGGCAUGAGUGAUGGCAGUGAUGUGAGACUAAGAGGCUGUUCAAGAUGCGUAGAUCCAAGAGGCAUUAUAAGAUGCGGGAUGUGAGGAUGAAACAGCUUUAACUGGGCUCGCCUGCCGUUUUUUAAUAUGUGGUGGGCUGUCCCAACUAACUGCAUGGUGUGUGUUAAAUGACUGAACACUGUUGGUCUGUGUUGGUGUGCGUGAAAAUUGUUUUAAAUAACCAGUUUUUCGAAAGAAGUGGCCGAUAAAACUCACUGUAAUCAAAGUAUAUAAUCUCAUUACAUUGAACUGAACUUGGUCCUCACAGCCACACUUCAUUCGAGCUGACAAUACUCGAAAUCGAUGUUACCAACGAAACUAGCGAACAGAUCCACCGAUCUUCAAUGCUGUAUUUCUCCUUCAGUCGUAUGAAAACGGCUUGUUUUUUUGAACACGUGCACACAUGUGAUCGCUAGCCUUGCCUGAAAUGAUGUCUCUCUUAAACCUGUACUUUGUUUUUGCGAUGCACAUUUGCAGAGUAUAGGGGUUUCAGUGCAACUUAUUGCCCAAUUACGGACAGAUUGCACUUUUAAACUUCACUUUUGUGUUCUUUACUUUUAGGAAGGACUCUUCAUUUUAGCAUUUUUUCUAACCACUUUUUGGUAGACAGCAAUGGUUGCACUGGUUUGAUGCACCCAAAUAUUGUGCACAUGAAUGCAAGUUGAUCGAGUGCUGAAGCACUGAUUUGAAAGGGCCAUGCCGUCGGUGAGCUUUCAAGUGAAUCUUGUUUCUUUAUUAACAAACUGUCGCUGCGAAAAACUUUGCGAGGGCUUGUGAACAGCACUAUGACAUUACAUCACAUAUGCAUACUGCGAAUGGUAUGUCCGUACUAGUAAUUUCUUCUUUUUAUUGUCAGUAUGCUUAUUCGCAUAUCUACGUGCUUUAACGUAAGCACUUUUUACUCUUACAAACAAGGCAGUUCACAGCGUGUAAAAUCUUCCUUGCGGCAGAGAAUGGCAGGGAUAGUGCCAGUAUAGCAGUUUCAGCUGCAGCAAUGAGCUGCAUGGAAGAAAAAAAUGUUGGAGCUCUGAAUUUAAGUCUGGAAUCGUUGCAUACUCCCUAUUCGGAGUGCUCUGUACUCCAAAACAGCACUGCUGCAUACUUCUGUUUUGGAUCAUUUAAUACGGCAUUGCAAAACAUAGUCUAUGAAGUGUAUGCUCCAGUGCUAUACGUUAUUUUAUGCCAUGGCCCUUUCAAUAAGGAACCUCGAUACCCAAAACUUAGAAAUGCUCGAAAUAUUAUUAAAGCAACUUCUCGCUGUUGUGUUUGUUAAGUUUUUGGUUGUGACCUGUUCAGAUAUGUAUUUUUGAAAGUUUCGUUUAAGGAAUAGAUUUUAGUGGUUAUAGAGGCAUUGCAAGUGCACAAAAGCAUGGUUUAUGUUGCCGUUUUCCUAACCGCUUGUUUAGUUUUCAGAGUCUCCUAGCAAACCUGUGGUGUAAUUAAGAACUCUAAUCUAUAUAUAUGUAACUAUCUGUUGUUAGCAGCGAUGGAUACAUAAGUUGCCAGUACAUUUUCUCUACAUAGAGGGCAUCAGAUUUUAUUUUUUUCAACAAGGCAUGCUUGCUGGGAUACCAUGUAGAGUUUUUAUACAGUUGCACUUUUUUGCUCAUCCGUUGAAAUUGUAUUUGUUAUUUUAUGAACAUACAACAAUAGAUUAUCAUUUUACAGUGUUGUGAUAUUUAUUAAGAGGACUUGAAUGUGAACUUAAAGAUGGCUUCGGCCAUAAAAUAAUUGUUCAUGGCAUUCACAUCAUUGUUUUGUGCACAGAAUAAAAUUUUUGACU